AUGACUCACUAAAUGGCAAAGUUGUACACAUAGGAUGGAACUGGUCGGGAUUCGUAUAUAUUUUUCAACAAUGGAGGAUUUUAUCCUGCACAAUCCAGAUUUUUGGUUAACAGGAUGGCAGAGUCAUGGGCUUAUGGAUCUCCAAGUAGCGUGCGUCUAGGAGGUUCAAUUGAAAAAAGAUAGUUUUAUUUUUCUGAUGGUACAGGAAGAGAUACCUACAUCGCAAAAACAGUUUAAAAUAAAGCUUAAUUGUCACCAGAUUUUUAGGAAACUUUAAGAAAAUACAAAUCGUAACAAUUGCCAAUUAAAUAUCCCUAUAAAUUGCCUCCAAUUAAGUAGGCUGUUCAAUAAGAGAAAUCGGUUAAGCAACAAGAAUUUACAAAAAGAUUAGCUGCUCCAAAAAAACGAUUGGAAGAUAAUGAUUGAUUUAAAUAAUAAAAAAUAUAUAUAUAAAGUGGAUAUAAGUUACAUGAAA